ACACACAAGUGCAAAUAACCUAGUUAGAUGACACUUGUUAGAGAGCGACGUCACCAAGAACCUCUCACACUCUCUAUUCCGCCACCACUUUGCCACCGCAACACCAUUGCCUUUUCCAUCCCAUCUCAAUCGUCAUCAUCAUCAUCAUCAUCAUCAAGCCCUGAUUCCUCUCCGGUGGAAACCUUAAACGAUCUCGAGAAACUCGCCGUUUUGGGACACGGAAGCGGUGGAACAGUCUACAAAACCCGUCACCGGAGAACCAAAACGCUCUAUGCUUUAAAAGUCCUCAGGUCAAAUCUUAACGCCACGACGAUGAGAACAACCGCCGUCGAAGCUAACAUCCUCAAACGUAUCCAAUCGAGUUUUGUCGUUAAAUGCUACGCAGUUUUUGUCAAUUCAUCUGAUCUCUGUUUCGUAAUGGAGCUAAUGGAGAAAGGAUCUCUCCACGACGCGUUGCUUGCUCAACAAGUUUUUCCCGAGCCAAUGAUAUCGGCGCUCGCUAACAGAAUCCUCCAAGGGUUACGUUAUCUGCAAGAAAUGAGAAUAGUUCAUGGAGACAUAAAGCCUUCAAAUCUCCUUAUUAACGAGAAUGGAGAGGUAAAGAUUGCGGAUUUUGGUGCGAGCAGGAUUGUAGCAGGAGGAGAGUAUGGAUCGAAUGGGACAUGUGCUUAUAUGAGUCCUGAACGUGUGGACCCAGAGAAAUGGGGUUUUGGUGAAGUUGGAUUUGCAGGAGAUGUGUGGUCCUUAGGAGUUGUGGUUCUUGAGUGUUACCUUGGAAGAUAUCCAUUGACCAAAGUUGGGGAUAAACCGGAUUGGGCGGCUUUGGUUUGCGCGAUUUGUUGCAGUGAGAAGGUGGAGAUUCCGGUGAGUGGUUCGCCGGAGUUUACAGGUUUUGUUGGGAGAUGUUUGGAGAAGGAUUGGAGGAAGAGAGGCACUGUGGAAGAGCUUCUUCGUCAUCCUUUUGUGAUGAACAGAUAGCACUAGUAGUCUCGGUUUUGGUUUUUAGGGUUGAGAAAAACAGAUCCACAAAUAAGAACCGAAACUUCUACUCCAGUUUGGUUUUAAACUUUUGGGUUUGGUUCGAGUUGAGUUUUGAAUUUUUUUCGAAAAUAAGAUAACUAAUCAAUUUAGUUA